UGAGGUUAAACGACCAAUACAAGGGUUUUAUAUUUAUAUUUCAAAGAAAACUGUUCAAAUGACUGGUGUUCAUGAAACUUGGUGUAGGUUUUGCCUUAAAACUGUAAUCGUUAAGAGUUUUGCUUUAACAGACAACGUUAUCAAUGAUAUUUUAGAUGUUCUGCUGAAAUCGAAAUUCGAUUGUGAGAGCAACGAUGUUAUAUGUAAUGCUUGCAGAAGAAAAUUAUAUGCAGCAUUUGAAUUCAAGUCAACGUGUUUGAAUACUGAUAGCACAAUUGUUCCAUACGUGGAUUGCGAAAAAAUGUUACAGCUCGACAUAAGAGAAAUUUAUUUGAAGGAAAGAAGUGAAGAUAUUUCAGACAGUCAAAUAAUAUGUCGGUUGUGUAUGCACCCAGUAAAAGGUGAGUUUAGUUGCAUACGUGAAGAGGAACUUGAAGCUAUUGAGAAAUUGGCCCCUGAAAUGAAUAUAAAUGUCAUCAAAGAUCCAGUUGUAUGUAAGCCAUGCUACGAUUCUCUGUGUACUCACAACAGUUUCCUAAAAAAUUGCUUAGAAGUAGAGAACAAAAUUAGAGGUAUAUAUGACGGUUCGGUUACAGAAAGUCAGACAGAUACUUCACCAUCUGAUUUAUUUGUUAAGACUGAGAACACGGACAAAGAAUUCGAUAUUAACAACGUGGAAAUGUCGAUCAAAACUGAAAGUAUUGACAUAAAAUCGGAAGAUGAGGAAUCCAGUGACACGCUACUGCAGGAUUCCGAUAGUGGAUUAUUCAAGAAGAAGGACUGUAAAGAUGUAGAACAUGAUGGAUGUAAGCCUGAAAAUAAAUCAGAGAACAAAUGUAAUACGAAUUCCAAGCAGGAGCACAAAGUUUCGUACAAAUGUAUUAACGAAACUGGAAGCAAGAGUUGUUUUACAGCACACCGUGCGAGACACAAAAAUGAUUCGGAAGUGUAUAAAUGUGAAUCGUGUAAGUAUGGAACUAAAAAUAAGGAAUUACUUCAGAAGCACCUGUUGAGGCAUAAAAACCCUUCGGAAAUACUUACGCAUCUGUGUGAAUCAUGUAAUUACAAGACAAAGUAUAGAAGUGUCCUUGCUAAGCAUCAGGCUAAACACAAAAGUGCAUCUGGGGCACGAUGGUACCAGUGCAACCUUUGUGAUUUCAAAACAAAGCAGAGGUCCAACUUCAAUAGUCAUUAUAUAAAACACAAAAACUCAAACAAACGUGACGAGUUUGAUCAUAAAACUAAAUGCGACACAUUGCCACAUAAGGAAGCUUCUUUACAACUACCAGUUUAUAAAUGUGCUAGUUGCAACUACGAAUCGAAGAAUAGGAAACUUUUCAUUAGACAUGGUUUGGUACAUAAGGAUCCCUCACAGGUCAAAAUGUACAGGUGUGACGACUGCAAUUACGAAACUAAAUACAGCAGUGUUAUUACACAGUACCAGUUGACACAUAAAGAUCCCUCGCAGGUCAAAAUAAAGCACCAACUUAUACAUAAAGAUCCUUCGCAUGUUCAAAUGUACACGUGUAGCAACUGCGAUUAUGAAACUAAAUACAAGAGUUGUAUCAAACGGCAUCAACUGAAGCAGGAAAAUCCUUCACAAGUUCAGAUGUACAGAUGUAAUGACUGCGAUUACAAAGCUAAAUACAGGAGUAAUAUCAAACGGCAUCAACAGAAGCAUGAGAAUCCUUCGCAAGUUCAAAUGUACAGGUGUAAUGACUGCGGUUACGAAGAUAAAUACAGGAGUAAUAUGAAACGGCAUCAACUGAAGCAUGAAAAUCCUUCGCAUGUACAAAUGUACAGGUGUAGCGACUGCGAUUAUGAAACUAAAUACAGGAGUAAUAUCAACCGGCAUCAACUGAAGCAUGAAAAGCCUUCGCAAGUUCACAGAUGA